UUUGCAGGUCCGUGCUCAAUCCACUGAGCUACAGCAGCCAGAGCCUUAUGAAGACAUUUUUGAUCAGCUGCCUCAGUUCUUCCUGUGGCCCCAGGCUUUAUAAGGACCUCAGCCUCAGCUGUCACCUCCAGAAAGGGAGGUUCCUACAAAGAGACCCUGACUGACCUCUGCCCAGGAAGAAGCUGAGGACGAGAUGAUGGCUAGUCCAUACUGUGUGGUAGCGGCCCUGCUGCUGCUGCCAGAGGUCUCCAGGCUUGGAGAAGGGGUUUCGAACCCUGGGUUUGUGGCCAGGAUCACCAGAAAAGGCCUGGAAUAUGCCCACCAAUAUGGAAUGGCCAUCCUGAAGAAGGAGCUUUCCACUAUCAACUUGCCCGAUUUGUCAGGAAGUGUCCCUGCCGAUUUGAUAGGAAGCGUGAGCUAUCAGUGCUGGAGCCUGGGAAUCCGUAACUUCCAACUCGGGAACUCCCAUCUGAGUCUGCUCCCAGGGCAAGGCAUCGCGGCCUCCCUGUCCAAUAACUACAUGUCCGUCUAUGGGAACUGGAAGGUGAAAAAGGCUUUCAUCACCUUACAGGGUACUUUUGAUUUGAGCGUGAAUGACGUUUCCAUCUCGGUUUCUCUGAAGUUGGGCAAAGACAAGUCUGGACGACCCACUGCCUCCGUGACCCACUGUAGCAACUCCGUAGGCCAUGUCAGCAUUCACAUUUCCGGAAGCCUAAGCUGGCUCCUGAACCUCUUCCAUAAUGUUAUUGAAAAUAAGCUCAAAAAGAUCGCGGAGGAAAAGAUCUGCGAAAUAGUCGAGGAGUUAACAACCUCACACCUGAAGCCCUACCUCCGGACUCUGCCAGUCACCUUGAAGAUUGACCAGGUUGCUUUCAUUAACUACUGUUUAGUGGGAGCCCCCCAGGUGACCUCAGAAGGCCUGGACAUUCCCUUCAAGGGUAAAUUCUCUGGCCACGGCAGACACACCAAGGCCCCCUUUGAUGCUCCGCCCAUCAAGCUGCCCCAGGAACAUGACCUCAUGAUCUACUUUGCAGUCUCCGAAUACGUCUUCAACACAGCCAGCUGGGUUUACUACCAGGCCGGGCACAUGAACUUCACCAUCCGAAGUGAGCACCUGGCCAAGUUGUACACUAAUAUGGAGCUAGAGCUUGAGGUGUCACCUGAAUCAGCUCCAUGCCUCAUGUUCACCCCUGGAAAUGUGACCCUCGUGCCAGUGAUAAACAUCCAGGCCUUCACCCUCCUGCCCGACUCCCUCGACCGAGAGCUACUCUUCCAACUCAGGGUGAGAACCAACAUCUCCGCCACCAUCAGUGUGAGCUCCAACAGGAUCUGGGGCUCACUGACCCCAGGAAGUAAGCUGAAAUUGGAACUGAUACAGUCCAACAUCGAUUUCUUAAAUGAGCAGUUGAUGGAAUCUGUCUUGAAUUACUAUGCAACUUACCUCAUAUACCCCUCUGUCAAUGCAAAGCUUGCGGAGGGCUUCCCAUUUCCUCUGCCAAGGGACAUCUACCUCAAUGGCUUGCAGCUCCGAAUCCACAAGAACUUCUUGCUCAUUGGGGCCAACAUGAAACAGGUUGAAGACUGAGGAGCACCUGUGGUGGAGGCGCCCAGACCAGUAACCGUCAGAGGCCCAGAGAUUGGAGACCCCUGCCCUAGAGCACACCUGUGCCCCUUCUCGGACAUGAACUUCUUACUUCCUCCUAAAUUCUGAAGGUCCCAAGGAGACUUACAACCAGAACAGUGUGCAGCAGCAGCUUGACCUGGGCUUAGCCCCUGAUCCUGUCUCCAGGGCCCCCUUUUCUCUGACUUCCACGUGAGCUAACAGCAAAAUACCGCCUAGACUCUCUCCUGUUACUUCGUCCGCCCUGUCAUUCCUGUCUCGCUGUUCCCCAGCCUUCAUAAAUGCAUUCUCGGUC